AUGGAUCGAUUUGUUCGCAAAAUAAAUACCAGCCCUAAGUCUAAACGGAAAACACUCGUACAAUCUGAAGACAACUUUGGCGUCCCAUUAAAAGUCCUGCUUGACAGAGAUUCUACAAAACCAGUGCCUCGAAUAGUAAAAAAUAUUUGUGACUAUUUGCUUCACUAUGGGCUCAAUUCACAAGGGAUUUUUCGUAUCAAUGGGAGUGCUAAGUUAAUUGACGGGUUCAAAACUACAUUUCAGAUAUCGGCAGCCGACGAUCUAUAUUCUUUGAGAAAUGUUGAUAUUUAUGCUUUAGCAGGUGUUUUAAAGCUAUUUCUUCGCGAACUACCUGAUGGACUUGUUCCGGAAAAACUUGGACUUAAAUGUAUAAAGGUUGCGAAAGAAUAUUCAAGUGACUUGAAUGCGUACAUACUUAAACUACAAACUGCAUUAUUUACACUGCCGCAUGAAAACUAUGAACUCUUAAAAUAUUUGUGUAAGUUUUUGAACAAGAUUGCGGAAAACGAACCCGUCAAUAAAAUGUCGCGCAAUAGUUUAGGAAUUAUUUUUGGUCCUUGUGUGUUUCGUUGCAGUUUGGACUUACAGGUUCUAAAGAAUCAGGGCUUGACAAAUUACAUAAUGACUUCACUAAUCCAAUACCAUGAUGCUAUAUUUGUUCAUCACCCUAAAACGGACUUUUUCGUAUUGGACCAUCUGUUCAAACUACCGGAAAUUGUCUCUAACUCAGCUUUACCGACCCUUGAAGAUCGUGUUCAGCCAUCAUGUGAAAUAUCAACGAGUUCCAGUCAAAAUAAUAGUCCAGGAAUUAUUAACAGCCUACAGGAAGACACAUUCUCAAAUUUUGUGGAAGCUCUGCCCCUGGUUCCUAGAAAUACACCUAAACCUGAACCAGAUAACCAUGUGUGGAUGUCACAUCACUGUUCUUCUAGUGAGCCGAAGAUUCCUCGAGCAAAUCCUUGUCACAGUAUACCAGAUUCAAUGUGUGGUUUUACAGUUGACAAUAAUCUCUCUAGUGACAGUUCUCCAUUUCACAGCAUUGUGUCAUCUCACCAAUACAAAGAAUUCCUUAUAAGUCCAUCAACUUCACCUACACCCAGCCCAAUCACUUUCGAAGUUUCUAGUACCCCAACCUUUGUGAGUAGAAGCAAUUCAAUUUCCUAUAAUGAAAAAGAAAAUGCUGAAGAAGUUCCAGACUCAGGUGCAGAAGUGCCUUACACAAAGACAUCGGAACAACUGGCCUUGGAUAUCACAAAUAUUAUUUCGUCCAUGUCUACAUCCCGUUCUUUAGAGGCACUGAGCUUCGAAACACAACUUGAUGAUUGUUUUACUAAUUCAACUCAGAUAUCAAAUUGUAAUAAGAAGCCCAACCUUGUUGAAGAGAACCCGAGAGAAAAGUUACGUAUUUCUGGCAUGUUAUCAAGAUCGUCAAACAAAGUUUCAACAGGUGAUAGUUUGUUCAACAAAGUGAUUCGUUUUACUCACGUCACUGAUGAUCCCAAUAAAAUUAAAAGAACAUUCAGCCAUCGUAAACAUACAAUCAAAGAAUCAAGUGUCCAUCCAAUCAGUACUUGGAAUUCCAUGCCUUCUGUGAAAAAUAAAACGAUAAAAACUCCACCUAAGUUUAUGGAUUCUUGUGUGGCAGUUUAUAGUCAAGAUCUUUGUAGUCAGUCCCCACAACAUAAUAGCGUUAUAUCAAAUACUUUGAAAUAUAAUGGAUACCGGUUUCCGAAUACUGACAAUACUUACCGACCUAUAAAUUUGCAAAAGGAUGAUUUUAAUGCAGCUAGAGUACAAGAUACAGCAAAUUCAACACGUUCGUCUACUUUUAUGCCAGUUAGCACAAAUCAUUUUUACAUGGAAAUGCCGGCUGCUAACAAUGAGUUUGCCAAUUCGGUUGGUAGUACUCAAUCAUCUCCAAUUGUAGAGAAUAUUUUGACUCAGGCGAUAAACCAGUGUUCUGAUACUCAUGUUUUUUCCCUCUCUGUGAAGCAGGAAUUAGAUUGUCCCAGCCACUCCAGCAGCUUUCCUUAUUCAAUAAAUGAAAUGGAUCUUACAGCUUCUGCGAAAAAAAAUCCUAUCUCAAGUUUUGUUAAGCCGAUAUCAACUUUAUUGUAUCAAUCAGAAAUACCAGUUUGUGUAUUUGAUCGUUCUCAUCCUAACCAUAAUCAUGUAGGUGGUUCUAAUAGUGAAAUUGGAAAUGAGCAAAAUAAGUCUAUCGAAUUAGCAACUCUUCAAUAUGAUACUACCCAUCAAACAAAGGAAUACAAUCAUAGUACACCAACUAGUCCGAUAUUAUCUAGUCAUACCACUUCAAUUACUCUGAGAUCAAAGUCAAAUUCUGUUGGUGCAGUAACCGUUAAACCAAUUCAUUCCUUUAUUCAUAAACCUAAAGAUCGUGGAUCAUGCCCUCCUAAUUUAUUGCCCCUUUCUUCGAAAGCAAACAAUGAACACUUAAACGAAUCUGCUCCAAACUUUGGGAGGCUUUCUUCUCCUGAAAGGAAUCAAAUGAUUACAAAGCAGAGGAUAAAACAACAGUGUUCAAUUUUUGAUCAAUCCCCAAUAUCAAAUAAAAAUGGGGAAAAUACCAGAUACCAUGGAGCUCAGACUAAAAGUUUGUUAAAUUUAUCAAAUAGAAUUUACAGCGAACCGGAUUUAUUGUAUUUCAAAAACCAGUUAUCACGAAGGACAAACCUGAAAUACAGAUCGUUACAGCAUUUAACCACGGAUGAAUUAUCAAGCAUAAAAGCAUCACCCACAUUCAAAUUGAUUAAUAAAGAAAAUUUAACUACUAUUCCAGUUAAAAUAUCGAAGAAUUUAUUAUUUUCUAGUAAAGAAGAACCAAAUAUUAACUUGAUUUCACCUUCAGUUAUUUCAGUUAUUAGGCGAGUAAAUUCAUUUUCAUCAAACAGUCAUACAUCUUCAGGAAAAUGUCAUUCUUUCUUUAGAAAAUAUUCAUCACCUUUGUUGAAAGAUUUAAGAGAUUUUUACGAAAAUUCUGAAAAUCAUAAUGUUGGCGAUAAAGAUGAUAAUGUUGGUGAUGUAUCAUUAGAGCAAUCAAAUUCAUCAUUGAUAUCUAUUGAGUCAUUCUAUGAACUUUUAUGCGCUGCAUUAUCUAAACAACGUGAAUAUUGUAAUCGUCCUGAACGACUGAGUGAAAUGAACUGGGACCAAAUUGAACGAGAGAAAUAUGAUAUUCAAAAAAGUCUCUUAUAUUUUGAAGGUCUUUAUGGACGACCGAAAUCUCCUAGAUCGAAACGAAUUAUGAAACCCAUAUAUGAGCGUUAUCGUCAGGUUAAACGUCUUAUUUCUUCUCGAUAUGGUGUCUGUAGUGAAUUCCCAUUUGGAAUGAAUUUGUCUCGUUUAAAAGUGCCCAAUAACGAUUCCAUAGUUGAUGUUAACGAACAAUCUACAGAUAAACAACCAAAUGUAACGGUUUCAAAUAAUUUAAUGGAAUUUCUAAACACUCCAACAAUCACAUCUCCGACCUUUUUACAAGAAAAUCAUAAUCUUGUAACAAUUGAAAAAAAUCAAAAUUCAAGUUUUCCAUUUAAUUCCAACCAUAGAAAAUCACUUAUGAGACCGGAUGACCACAACAUUCAAUUGUAUCGUAAACAACUAUGCUCCUUAUCUCCUAUGGAAUUGUAUAAUGAAAAGAAAAAUGUCCUAUUAAAGAAGCAUAUUGUUCAAACUGAAUUAGUCGAAUAUGAGAAUAAUAUCAAACGUGUAUUAGGUCGUAAACCUACAAAAACUGAACGUAAACCAAUGCGGGAUAAAUAUGAAUUAUAUGAUUUAAUUAAACGUCAAUUGAAAGUUGUUGACUCUUGUCUAGUAAAUUUAUCCUCAUCUGAUUUGAUUAAUAUAAGAGAUGAUAUAAAUACAAACUAA